AUGGACCGCUCUCCGAACACGGUCGAACGCCAGGAGAUCGAUCGCGUCCUUCGGCUGAAACGCAAGCAGCGCGAGUCAAAGGCAUGCUAUCCCUGUCGUCAGCGCAAGGUCAAAUGCGAUGGUAGUCAGCCCUGCCGUACGUGCGUCAAGCGAGACCAUCCCGAGAUCUGUGCCUACAAUGUCGAGAAAGACACUCCUCGGAGAAGAACGCAAUCCCGACAGGUUGAUCGGAGAGAAAGUCCACGCCAUGAUGCUGCUGUAUCGGUUGCCUCCCCAGCCAGUGCUGUUCCAGACGCACAGCUGUCCCCUUUACCCCUCGGAGACCCUCGGAGCUCGGCGCAGCCAAACGAUACCUCGUCGUAUGUCUUCUCCGGAGAUCACUCGCUUGUCUCUAUGCUUCGGCAGCAGGAUCCCGAUGGGGCUAUGGCUCGCGAAGCGACGUCGGUCUUGGGCCUGCAUAACACGUACCUGAGCUACCCGUUCAUCGAGUCAAAGACGCCGCAAGAUCGAUGGGCGGCUCUUUUGGAUAUACUCCCUCAUAGGGAUGAGGUUUUGAAUGCGUAUGCGUCGGGUGAACUGGCUGAUCGGGAUAAGAUUUCUGAGCAGUGGUCGACGGGAAAGGCUGUUGGCCAUAUUAGUCUUCUUCUGGCGACACUGUCUGCCGGUGCUCACUUCUCUGACCUGGAGAACCCCCAGCGCUCGGAGCUGUGCCAGGAUUUCGCUCGCCGCUCCUUCCAGGCUCUUCGUCUGGCCAACUUCCUCUUUCGGCCUUCUCUUGAUGUUGUUCAAUCGCUCCUUAUCCUCGGUAACACUCUCCAAAACAAUGGCCAAUCCGAUGCUGCCUGGGCUCUGCUGGGAACGACAGUGAGAUUGGCCCAGACCCUGGGACUGCAUACGGAGAGGGGUAUCGCACACUGGCCUGAGCAUGCGAAGCAGAAAGCCAAGUCUCUAUGGUCGAUGACGGUUUGGCAGGACAGCCUGUUAAGCCUGUGCUAUGACCGCCCACCCAUCGUUUCUACGAGAGGAUGGACGCCGGAUGCCCAGAGCUGGUCUCAGCUAUCAUAUACCAACUUGAUGCAUUACCUUUGCUGGAUCGCAUUGGGCAUAAUCAAAAUGCAAGAAACUCCGGAAUCCGAACCAACUCAGAACCUUCAGUUACUAUCUGAGCUGGACAGCUCGUACUCUCGGGCUCAGCCGCAUCUUUUGCACCGUGAGAGUUGCAGAAACCUGCAGCAACAUCUCGAGCAUCUCGCCUUGCGCAUGCACGUCUCAUUUUGCGUUUCUGCGCUCUGUCGGCCGGCCAUCAAGACCUCUCUGCAGUCCCCUGAUGACCCGCGCUACGUAUCUCUCAGAACCCGCGCGAGGGAGAGCCUUGUUAUUGCGUCGAAAGCCUUCCUCGACUUUCAAGCCCUGAGUGUCGUGCCCUUACGCACUUGGUCCAUGGUCCAUACGGUCCUCAGCUCCACUUUGCUGCUUUGUACCUGGCAGGAAACGAGGGAAGACACUGAGUGCAGAGACCUGCAGCAGAAAGUUAUCGGUGUGUUCUCGGGUGCCAACGGAAAGGACACUGGGUCCUCGGAGUACAGUCAGUGGUUAUCAGCACGCCAUAUCCGCGCGUUGAUUACUCUACGGCAAACUUUGAAGCAACGUAGUUCUCAGGUAAACACUGACUUGAAUCCCGAACAGAGACCUUCCGCAGCCCAACUCCCGAACCCGCCAUCUGGCGACGUGCCUCCGGAUGUUAUGUUUGGUGACCUCUCAUCAUACAAUGACUUCUUUCCCGGACUGGCAUACGGUUUACCCAGCGAAGUCGAUUUCUCGCCGGUGACUUACCUAGACUCCAUCAUGAAUGUUCCGCUGUUUAACUACACCGAGAGCUGA